AUGGGUAACACGCACUCGGCGGCCCCCAAGGUCCAGAUGGGCGACGUCCUCGCCGCCGACGUCCCGAGCUUGGUGUACAAGGAUCACCUCCCAGGCACUGGACGAUUUUUAAAAUCAAUAAUCUGUCGCGUCGACGGCGUUUCAGUAAACGCGCCCGGCGUCUCGGACGCGUCCAAGGACGGGAUAGCGUUGGUGAAGGUGUACCUGAAGCGGCCGGGGGCGUUUCCGGACCUGCGCGCGCACGAGAGAAUGGUUCAGGAGAUUCGAGACGCGCUCACGACUCCGGCGCCAAGGCUGCCGCAUUGUUGGCCGUUCACGCGGGCGUUGGAGACGUCUAACGCGGUGUACUUGAUGCGGCAGUUUUGUCACGCGAGUCUGCUCGAACGUCUGAGCGCGCGACCAUUCAUGACGGAUGGUGAACGGGCAUGGAUUGCGUAUCAGUUGUUGCACGCAGUGGCGGACGCACACACGCGCGGAGUGGUGCACGGGGAUAUCAAGUGCGAGAACGUGUUAGUGACGUCGUGGGGAUGGUGCUUUUUGUGUGAUUUUGCGUCGUACAAGCCGGCGGAGAUGCCGGCGGAUAACCCGGCGGUUUUCACGUACUUUUUUGAUAGCGACGGGAGGCGACGAUGCUGCAUUGCGCCAGAGCGGUUCUCGGAUAAAAUGACAUCGGUGGCGGAGAACAUGCUCGAUGAGGAGCCGCCGGUGUUGCAUCCAGCGGCGGAUAUCUACUCUCUGGGAUGUACGCUCGCGGAGCUGUACACGGAUGGUAAGGCUUUGUUUGAUUUGUCGGGUGCGCUAGCGUACAAGCGCGGCGAACACAGUCCGCUCGAUGCGAUCUCGAGUGGAGUCGAAAACGAUCUCGCGCGUGCGAUGAUAUCGUCUAUGGUUGUCAUUGAUCCGAACAAGCGGUUCAGCGCGGAGAGUUACCUGGCAAAAUACGAGGAUUCAAAGUUGUUCCCUUCGUAUUUUAAAAGGUUGCAUGCGUUCAGUGCAAAGUUUUUGGAUGUGGACAAUAACAGUCGAAUCGCGGUGGUGGAAGAAGAACUGGACGAACUACUGGUAGAUAUCUUAAGAAGUGAGAGUGGCUCGAGCGCUGUUUCAAGCGCACUUACGAAUGAGGAGGUCUUGGCGAUCGCAUUCGAUCCGUCGUCAUGCUUUAGCUGUCCGGGAGUUGGCCUCAUCGCGACGCACAUUUGCUCAUCCAUGCGCGGAUCGACGAAGAUGGAUGCCCGAGUGUCUGCAUUGAGACUUUUGCGCAAGAUUAGUCCUCUGGCAUCUGACCACUGUAUUUUACAACUCAUGCUGCCGUAUUGUGCGUCCAUGCUUCAGGACAGUGAAGCGUCGGUUCGAGCAGAGGCAUUGCGCGCCAUUGCGGAAAUUCUGCAGCACGUGGUUGAUAUUCCUCAGAGUGAUUUUGGCUUAUUCCCGGAGUACAUUUGGCCACUUGUGAGUAAAGUGGCGACAGACUCGGCACGACUAGUGCGCGUGAACGUGGCCGCCGUUGUAGCGCCACUUUCGCGCUUGAGUCUGACUUUCCUACAAUACGCCGUCGCAAACUCGGGACAAGGCGGAGAUCCAAUCAGUUUUGACGACGAUCUCAUCGCAGCAAGAUUGACAGUGCAAAAUAUCGUCUUUAACCUACUCGGAGGCAAAGUAGACCACGGUGACGCGGCGAUUUGGGAGGAAUUACUGGCGAAUUCAGCGCAACUGGCGCACUUCUUUGGACGUGACGACACGAACGACUUCUUGAUGCCUUUCAUGAUCACUUGUCUGAAUACAUCAUCUCCGCACUUGCGCUGCGCGUUCUUCAAGCACAUUGCUGAAAUUGGAGAGUUCGUCGGUCAAGCGUCUUGUGAGUUGGUUUUGGUACCGUGUAUCGACCGUUGCCUUGUUGACAUCAACGACACGGUGAUUGCGCACGCGUUGCGAUGCAUGUCUGGGCUCGCAUCGAUUCAAGCAUCGAAUCCAAAAGAAAGCAAGAUGAUUCUUGUCGGUAAACCUGCGAUUUUUCACAUCGCGAAGUCCGCUGCUCCUUUGCUCUGUCAUCCAUCGGCUGCAGUGCGCACGGCGGCGCAGAACUUUUUCUCCACUGCGGCAAAGAGUGUUGGACCCGUCGACGCUUUUGCCAGGCUCGUACCAAUUGUGAAGCCGUUCUUGGACGAUUCCGAUCCGAACCGCUCAAAAGUCUUGAGCUUAACCCCAGACUUUUUGAAUGAUCCAGAUAUCUUGGCGAUGUGCGUGUUUCCGCCGCCAUCUCGAAGUGCGUUUGAGGCGGCUGUCGCGCAAGCAAAUGGAAUGAGAACAGCCGCAGUUUAUGCUGCGGUGAGCGCACGACUCGAUAGACCUGUGGAUGUCGAUAACUCCCUGAACGCAGAUGAUGAAAAAUCAAUUGUGGCAUACAACGCCGCUGCGGAAUUCCCAUGUAUCAAUGUCAUGUCAUCAUACAUCAAGACGAUUGCGAAAGUGCGUCAAACUGCUUCAAAUGCAAAUGCUUCCAGCUCCGUGCAAUCUGGUCGCUAUGGAUCAAACGAGCCGCCAAGUAUCGUCGAAGACGUAAAGGACGGCGACAUGAACGACGUAUGGACUAUGGUUUUCGGGCAGAAGAGAUCUAUCGUCACUCCGCACGAUGCGAGACCAAUAUCGCUUGAUGAUUCAGAGAAUGACGCCCUCCUCAUCGACGCUCGGGAAUUGACUCUCGUGGACACGUUAUCUGCGGCCGUUCGCAGAUUCGAUAUUGGUGCGAAUAGGCUCAAACCUAAUGGUCCACCAGAUGCAGAGGCAAGUGCGAGGAAGAGCGCGAGCGACAUGUCCUGGACACCUCGUGGGGUGCUCGUGGAGACGCUUUUAGAACAUAGAGGAACAGUGACCUCAAUCGCUGUCGAUCGCAACGAAGUGUUUUUUGCGACUGGGAGCGAGGAUGGGAGCUGUAAAAUUUGGGAUGCUCGCCGAAUAGAAAAGGAUGUUGCCUUCCAAUCACGACUGACGUACGCGUCUCAGGGUGGAAAAAUCACAUCCGUGGCCAGCACGUCAGAGUCUCACAUUGUGAGCGGUAGCGACAAUGGCACUGUGCACGCGUGGCGUGUGGAAUAUGUCACAAAAGAUGCUGGCAAAACUCCUCAAUGGAGACCGGUGCCGGAUAGGUACACGGGCGCCGCUGAGAUUCGUCACGUGGAUAAAUCAGAGGGCGCUGUGAGUGCGGUGGCGUCUCUCGGCGAGCACGUGGUGUGUUACAUCACUCAGACAGGUGCGGUGUACGGCUGGGAUUAUCGCGCGCCAAAGGAUGCGUUCAGGAUGCCGCUCAAUCCGAAGAUUGGUGUCACGUCGUCUCUCGCCUUGGAUACAAGCGGCGCGGCUUCUUGGCUCGUUAUCGGCACCGCCAGCGGUUCGAUCAACUUGCUUGAUAUGCGAUUCCAAACCUGUGUCCAGGAGUGGAAUCAUCCGUCGCGCGGAGCCGGGAUUGAGGCCAUGACGAUUUCGCCGCUUUCGCCACAACAAAGCUCUGCGGGAGCCGUCAAGCGCCCUCUGGUCUGGUGUGGCGCAGGACACGACGAAGUGGCCCUGUGGGACAUAGCAGACGGCGGUUGUCGACGCAUCUUGCGCGUGUUGCGAGGACAAGGCGCGGCGCUUGAUGCCGCCGCGCGAGCACCACCCAGCGCCAUGGAGGCAAAUGGUCGAUUAAGAAUCGUACCGAGAUCUCAAAGCGCUUACGUUCACUCCUCGACGUUGGCGAAUACGACGUAUGGUCACUUUAGUGAAGACUUACGCGCGGAUGAGCUAAUUUCUUCCACAGCUCGACCGCCAGGAGUGCGAGCCCUGCUUGCGCUCCCCAACGGUGCCAUUGUCUCCGGCAGCACGGACACGUGCAUUCGCGUCUGGCACCCAGGCGACUCCGCCAAGUCGCGCGUUAUCUCGGGUAACAUAUAUGGUCCGAGACCGAAAUUCGCAGAGCAAUCCGUGAGCGGCGUGGUGAUUCAGCAGGAGUACCCGACGCCGCUUCCGGAGAACGCGCGCAAAUCAAACGCCCACGGCACCGCGUACGAGCGUCACGACUGUCACCGAGACGCCGUCGUCGCCCUCGCCACCAUCUCCGGCGCUGCCAGCCAGAUGUUGAUCUCCGCCAGCCGCGACAUGAGCGUCAAGAUUUGGAAAUGA